CAGCCCUGCGCUCGGUGACAUUGAGCGCACCCGCGCCGCAGCCGCCCCUCCUCCGAGACACAGUGCUGGUCGGCGGAGUAGGAGGCCAUGGGGAGCCUCCGCGGCCUGCGCCUGGCGGCGGGAAGUUUUUUUAGGUCGUGUGAAAGAGAUGUUUCCUUGUCUAUAAGGCUCACCAGAAGCACUGAUUUGAAGAGAAGAAAUGGUUUUUGCACCAAACCACAGGAAAGUCCAAAAGCUCCAUCCCACUCUUACAGCCACAAGGUGCCAUUACACAAACCUACAGAUUGGGAGCGGAAGAUCCUGAUGUGGUCAGGUCGCUUCAAAAAGGAAGAAGAUAUCCCAGAGACUAUCUCGUUUGAGAUGCUCGAUGCUGCCAAGAACAAGAUCCGAGUGAAGAUCAGCUAUCUGAUGAUCGCCCUGACGGUGGCAGGAUGCAUCUUCAUGGUUAUCAAGGGAAAGAAGGCUGCCAAAAGACACGAGUCUUUAACAAGCCUAAACUUAGAAAAGAAAGCUCGUCUGAGAGAGGAAGCAGCCAUGAAGGCCAAAGCAGAGUAGCAGAGUAUCCACGGCGGCUGGCUUCUGAAAAUCCAGCAGUAAU